UGCAGUCUGCACUUGACUACGUAGUUUGUAUGAUAUUUUGCUAUGAGCUGUCGUUAUAUCCUGACGUAGGUACUUGUUGUAAAACGCGCCAUUUCAAAUUUUAAACUGAUUUUAUUAUAUUUUCAUUAACAAUGAGUGGUGAUAUUAUCAGUGCCAAAGCCCCAGUUAACAUUGCCGUUAUAAAGUAUUGGGGAAAACGUGAUGAGAAGUUAUUGAUUCCGUUAAAUGAUUCCGUUAGUGCUUCUUUUGAUAUGAACGUUAUGUGCGCUAAAACUUCUGUCUGUGCUCGACCUGAUUUCGUAGAAGACAAAUUUUGGCUAAACGGUGUUGAACAAUCUUUUAAUAAUCCAAGGCUUAUUAACUGUUUACUGAAAAUUAAGAAUAUAGCAGCCGAACAACAAAGUGUGGAGAAAGAUUUUCUUAAAUGGAAAGUUCAUAUUUGUUCUGAAAACAAUUUCCCAACUGCAGCGGGUCUUGCAUCUUCUGCCGCAGGAUACGCGUGUUUAACUACUGCAUUGGCCCAACUAUACAAAAUUAAUACUGACUUAAGUGUAGUUGCACGCCUUGGUUCCGGAAGUGCAAGUAGAAGUAUAUAUGGUGGAUUUGUGCGUUGGUACUCCGGUACUAAACCCGAUGGCAGUGAUUCUGUAUCUAAACAAGUGGUUGACGCACAGUACUGGUCAGAGAUGAGAGUUUUAAUUCUUGUUGUAUCAGAGACUCAAAAACACAUAAGCUCAUUAGAUGGAAUGAAAAUUACAGCCGAGACGUCGGAAUUAAUUAAGCAUCGCGUAGCGGUUUCAGUGCCUUCACGCGUAGAAAAAAUGUGUGCAGCUAUAAAGCAAAAAGAUUUUGCAACAUUCGCAGAAUUAACAAUGAAGGACAGUAAUGAGUUUCAUGCAGUAUGCCUUUCUGCAUAUCCACCAUGUAUUUAUUUAACUGAAACUUCAUACAGAAUCAUUGAAAUCAUUCAUUUUUAUAAUAAAAUGUGUGGUUCACCUAAAGUUGCAUACACCUUUGAUGCCGGUCCAAAUGCAUGCCUUUACCUACUUGAAGAUGAAGUGCCUAGAGUGUUAUCUUUGAUCAAUUAUUUCUUCCCAUCAUCAAAUAAAGAUUUUGUAAAAGGUUUGCCCUGCCCAACAUUGGAGAAUGUAGAUUUCUUGAAAAAUUCAGAAAAAGACCCUAUCGGCAACGAUCUACUAAAAUAUGUUAUUUACACAAAAUUGGGUGAUGGUCCAAUAAUUUUGAAUGAUGGUGAUCACCUAUUAAAUGAGUGUGGAGAACCAAUGUAGUCGUAAUAUAUGUAGAAGUAAUACUAUCACGUUUUUAUUAUUUAUUUAUGGAUGUAGGUACAAUUUAUAGACAAUGGUAUAAUGAAUGGGAAAUAAUUGUGUAUAUGAAUAUUGUUUUUUUAUUGGGAUUGGUGAUUUGUAAUCACGUUUUUAAUCAGUAUUUUAAUUUGAAUAUAUUUUUAUACAUA